AGUUUACGUGUUAUGCUUAGUAAUAAUAAUCAUUUCCUAAUAGGAUAUAUUUUGUAAGGAAUUUUUAUUGUUAUUUAUUAAAGUAUCAGUGCAAUGGUAUAUAAAUCCUUUUAAUAAUUCCAUAAUACCUUCAUAAAAAUAUAAAGUCAUGUGGUCAAUAUUCAUCGGAGUAACAUUCCUGACGUAUGUGGCCACAGAAUGUGGUCAUACUCAUAGCACAGAAGAACCCUAUAUAUUUUUAGACGCAAAGUGUCCUCCCAGUGUGACUACAGUGAGUGGAUCACACGCACCGGACGUUAUCUGCUCGGGAUCACUGAUAUUUGCUGAUGAAUUUGAAGAGUUCGACUUCGAGACAUGGGAGCACGAAGUCACUCUUGGUGGAGGUGGUAAUUGGGAAUUCCAAUACUAUAACAACAACCGCACAAACUCAUUCACCGACGAUGGAAUCCUAUUCAUACGACCCUCGCUUACGUCAGACCAGUUCGGCGAGGCGUUUCUGUCGAGCGGUCGUCUCAACAUCGAAGGCGGGGCACCAGCUGAUAGAUGUACCAAUCCCCAAUGGUACGGCUGCGAGCGAACGGGCACGCCCACCAACAUCCUGAACCCGGUCAAGAGUGCACGCAUCCGCACCGUCAACUCUUUCAGCUUCCGCUACGGUCGGGUCGAGGCGCGAGCCAAGCUACCAGCAGGGGAUUGGCUGUGGCCAGCUAUCUGGCUAAUGCCAGCCUUCAAUGCGUAUGGAACAUGGCCAUCUUCAGGCGAGAUAGACAUUAUGGAGUCGCGAGGUAACCGGAAUUUACUACAGAAUGGAUUAAACAUUGGCACUCAAGCAGCCGCCUCUACCUUGCAUUAUGGACCAUAUCCUCAACUCAAUGGCUGGGAUCGAGCACACUGGAGCCGGCAAAACGAACUCGGAUACGACAGGGAAUUCCAUCGCUAUCAGUUAGAAUGGACUCCAGAUUACAUCAAAUUCAGCAUCGAUGACGUAGAAAUGGGAAAAGUAGAUCCCGGCAAGGAAGGCUUUUGGAAAUACGGAGGUUUCGACAACAACCGUAACAUUCUCAACCCCUGGCGCUAUGGCAGCAAAAUGGCUCCCUUCGAUCAAAAGUUCUACUUGAUAAUCAAUUUGGCUGUCGGUGGAGUUAGCGGAUACUUCCCCGACGGACUUCAGAACCCCACUCCGAAACCUUGGUUGAACUCUUCACCGAAAGCCUCGACCGACUUUUGGGACGGCAGGGAGUCUUGGUUACCCACCUGGGGACUCGACCAGAACGAUGGUCGAAAUGCUUCGCUUCAAGUAGACUAUAUACGCGUUUGGGCUUUAUAAAUCUUGCAUUUAAUAAACGUACAUCAUAUCAGA